AUGGAACUAAGUAAAACAAGAGAUAAUGUGAAAAGUUUAAUAAAGACAUGCGAAGAAAAAAUAAAAGUAAAAAUAAAAGAAAAUAAUAGUUCUGAAUUAAUUCAAAAAAAGUUAACUGAAGGAGGUUUUUUACAUAUUAAACCAAAAAGCAUGCUAAAUAAUAAUAGUAAUUGCUAUGAUAAUUCCAUUAAAAAAACUAAAAUAAAAAAAAUGACAAGAAAAAAUGAAUAUGCUAAUACUAAAGAAAACAAUCCUAUUAAAAAUUUAUAUGUUCAUACUACUGAAAAUAGUCAAGAUGACAAUAAUGAUAACAAAAUUAAUAUACAUCAUAAAAGUGAUUCUGAUAAUAACAGUAAUCUUGAACUAAAGGAAAAACGAAUUCACUCAACACAUUAUGAAAAAACUAAAAAGAAUCCUAGUAAUGAUUCUAUUAAAUAUAAAAAUAAGAGUGAAGAAAAUACAUUUCUGAAAACAAAAAAAAAAAAUAAUAUUUUUACUGUAGAUGAAACAAAAAACAUUUUAGAUAUAGAAAAUAAUAAAAUUAAUAACAUCAGUUUUAAGUCGAUAGAUUCUAACGAAAAAUUAAAAAAUAAUGUUACUGAAAAUUAUACAAAUGAAAAUUUUAGUAGUUGCAACAACAGUACAAUUUUAAAUCAUACUGAUAAUGACAAUCCAAAUACAGGUUCUUUGCAUAAUCAUUUACAUAUUCUUUUAUCUGAUAAUAAUAAGGUUAUAAUAAAUAAUUCCACUAAAUUAAACAAGGUUACAGAUGAGAAACAUAUAUUCUCAAAACCAAUACAAGAAGACACAAAUUUUGAUAACUCAGUUAAUAUUAAAAAUGAAGAUAGCCUUAUUAAUAAUGAUAUUGAUAAGAGUGAUAUCUAUCAAAAUAAUAAAAAUAAUGAAAAUAACAUAGGUAUUAAAAACGUCAUUUGUAAUAACAAAAAUGAAAACGUAACUAAAUUGUCAUCAUAUAUAAUUGAAAAUUCUUUUAAAAAAACUAACGACAGUGCAUUAAGCAAUGUACACAAUAGUUUAAAUAGUGAUAGCAUUAAUAGAAAGGAAAAUUUCAAUUUUUCUGAUGAUCUAAAAAAAUGUGAAAAGACAAUUAUAAAUUGUAAUAAUAUAAAUUCUUCAUCAGAUGACUGCAAAAAUUACGAUGAAGACAUAAAAAAAGAAAUAAUAGGUUCUACUUGUGAUAGUGUUAUACCAAAAAAUAAUAAAAAAAAUAUUAUUAAAAAAGAAUUAUUUCAUAAAAUGAGUUUAAGAAAUAGUAAUAAAAUGAAACUAAAAAAUAAGGAUGAAGAAGAGAUGGAAGAAAUAUGUGAAUAUAAGGAAAAAAAAAAAAGGAAAUUAAAAAAUAAUAAUUCAAUUAAUUACUUAAAUAACAGCAAUAUUCCUAAUUCAAAUGCAGAAAUUAUAAAUUCGUUAAAAUUAGAUAUAUCUACUUUAGAUAAAGAAGAUAAAAUACAAACAAGCACAAGUAAAGAUCAUACUGAAAAUAUAGACAUGAAACAUAAAAGGGAAAAUAUAAACGAACAUUGUGAUUACAAUACAAAGGAGAAUAACAAAAUUAUGUCAGUGAAACGUAAGGAUGAUACAUUGAAUAAUAGUAUAAUAAUUAAUAAUAAUAUGGAUUCUUUUAUUAAUGAAAGUUUUAACAUGAAUUGUAACGAAGAUUUUGAUAAGAACUAUAAUGAAAUAAUAGUAGGAAAUAAUUCAUUAUUGCCAAAUGAGUUUAAUAAAAAAAGUAAUAAUGAGAUAAAUAAUUUCAUUAAUGAUGAUAAUAAUAAUAAAUAUGAAAGUAAGAAUAAUGAAGCAAUUAAAAAAAAUAAUGAAAAUUUAUCUAGUGAUUAUGAUACGAAUAUUAAAGAAGAAAAUCCUGAUAAUUUGAGUGAUAAAAAAUGCAUCAUAAAAAAAAUAUUAAGUAAAUGUGAUUCAAAAGAAACUGAAUUAUUUGAUUUUGAAAAAUUGAGGCAUUUAAUAAUAUUUAGAGAAAACGCAGAAAAGUAUAUACAGAGUUAUAUAAAUUCUUUUUUAAAAGAUUUUAAUAUAAUGUCUUCUUAUUUACCUUUUGUGCAUUAUUACGAUAAAGAUAUAUAUGAAGAAAAAGAAUGUAAUUUUUUUAAAAUUUUAUCAUAUUUUAUAGAACACUUUAAAAAUAAUAAAAAAAUCAAAAAGAAAAUAUGUUCAUUUCAAAAGAACUUUUUAAAAGCUACAAUAAAUGAAAAAAUAAAAUAUAUUGAUAAGUUUCAACUUUUAAAAUUAUCAGAAAUUGGCACUGAUAUUUUUAAGAGAAGAUUUUUAAAAUUAUUAAAAAAAUGUGUAGAAAAAAAGAAAAAAAAAAAAAAAGAAAUUUACUGUAAAUUAAAAAUAUUCAAUAAAAUUGUGAAAAACUUUUACAAAUUAAAAGAUAAAAUGGUUGAAAAUAACUUACUACAAAAGGAAUUAAAUGAUUUAAAUGUAAUCAUAAAUGAUAAAAAAAAAAGAGAAAUUUGUAAUGGUGGUGUAACUGAUAACACAUUAAUUAAUAAUAUUACUAGCAAUGAUACCUUAGAUGAAAAUAUUUUAAAUGUUAAUGUUUUAAAUUAUGAAUUAACUAAUUCAAAUGAAGAAAAAAAGAAUGUGUGUCGAAGUGAAAUAUCAGAGUGUAGCAAAAUAGAUUAUUUUAUUCCCUACAGUCAAAAGUAUAUCUUUAAAUAUUUAAAUUUAUUAAUUGAAAAUAAAUUAUUUAAUUUGAUUCAUUUAAAUAAUUCCAAAUAUAUCGAGAACAUACAUAUUAAAGAUAACGGUAUAAAUUUUUAUAAUAGGAUAAUCUUUAAUAGUAUUCCUUUUUAUAAAGGAAAAAUAAAAAAAUUAUGUUCAAUUCUUAUUAUGUAUUAUCUUAUGAAUAAAUCAUUACGCCUUAUACAACCAAAUCUAACUUGGAAUGUAAAAAGUUAUUUACAUAAAAAAAGGUAUUUACAAAAAUUAUAUAGUCAUAGUGAGGAUGAAAAUUCACAUAAACUUGUUGAACGGCAUAUUAUAGAAAUUGAAAAAAAUUUUAGAAAAAUGAUUAAUGGAAAAAAUAAGAAAAAAAAAAGCAUAUUACAUUCCUUUAUUAAUGAAAAUGAAAAAUUAAAUUUACAGAAAUACAGUGAAGAUGAAAUUGAAAAAGAUAUGGAUAUAUUUAUUAAUAAUUUAUUAAUAGGUAAUAAUUCUAUUAAAAAUAAUGAAUGUAAUGAUCAAAAUAAUGAAAAUAUUGAAUGUAACAAGUUUUGCAUAUUGGAAAAUUCUAAGGAGUACGUAAAAUAUGAUCACAAUAUGGAAUCUCAAAAAAAAGAAAUAAUACUAGAAAAAAAAGAAGAAUUGAAAGAUAAAGGAGAAGAAAAAAACCAAAAAUUAUGUGAAAAUGAAAAAGAGAAAGAACAAAAAGUAAUAGAAUUAGAAAAAGAGAAAAAAAAUAAACACACAGAAAAGGAAUUAGAACAAAAAAUAGAACAAAACCAUGAGGAACAAUUACAACUACGGAGAGAACAAGAUGAAAAAGAAGAAGAAAAAAAAGAAAAAUAUAAAGGAAGAGAAAGAAAAAAAAGGAAAAAUAAUAAAUUUAAAUUAUCAAAUGAUUUACAAGAUAUAUAUGAUGCAUAUAAUAAUGGAGAGCAAAUAAUUAUAGCUAAAAACAAAAAUAAAUUAUUGAAUAAUUUAGAAAAAUAUAAUAAUUUUAACUAUUUAUCCAAACAAACACUAUUUGAUACUUAUAACAGUAUGCAAAAUAAUAAUAAACAAAAUGUUCAUAACUUAAACGUAAAUGAUAUUAAUGAACAUUUAAGAAAUAUUAACUCAUUACAAAAUAACUAUUUCUGUAAAAAUAUGAAUACUACAAAUUUCGUAAAUAGAAAUAACAGCAUUGAUGGUAUAAAUUCCAGUUCUCUAUAUAAAUAUAUGUACAGUAAAAGUAAUUCUUAUUUUAAUAAUGAUUUACUACAGAAAUAUAGAUUUGAUCAGAAAAAUGGAGAAAAUGAAUAUUAUGAAAGUAGUAUAAAUUCAAAAAAUAAUGAUUAUAAUAAAUAUAUAAAUAAGUUAAAUAAUCUAAGUAUUAAUGAAAAAAACACUUUUAUAUCAAAUAUUUCUAGUAAUAGUUUUAUAAAAAAUGAUAACUUAAAAGAUAUGUACCCAGAUUAUCAUGUUGAUAAUGGAUAUAUGAAUCAAAAUUUAUUAAAUGAAAGAAUAAAAUUUUUAAAUGAUAUAGGUUUUAAAAAAGAAAAGUAUUCUAAAGAUAAUUUAAGAAACAUUCCUUAUUAUACUGAAAAUAAUAAUAAUAAUAAUAAUAAUUUUUUCUUGGCUCAUUUGAGAAAUAAUAUUAGAAAUAAUAUGCCAUUAAACAGUUUUAUGAAUUGUUUUGAUAAUAGUACAUAUAACUUAUAUAACUCAAUGAAUAAUCCAUUUUUAUUUGAAAAAAUUCAAAAAGAAAAUAGUAUGAGUAAUCAUAAUAUAUCUACAAAUUUUACAGCGAGUAAUAAUUCCUUAGACAGUAUAAAUUUGCAGGCACAUAUCAUUGAUAAAAAUGAUUUGAACAAAAUUAAUAACUUUUUAAGUUGUGAUAAAAAUAUAGAACAUUUAAAUAAUGCAUCGAAUGGAAUGUAUAUGCAUUUAAAUAGACAAAUUAAUGAUGCUUAUAUAAAUAAUAUCCCAAACAAUAAUAAUAAUGAUUUUAAUAAAAUAAAAAAUGAAAAUAUAAAUAAUAAUAUGAUAAAUAAAGAUAUAGUAAUAGAUAAUAUAGGCUUAUUUAAUGAAAGUAAAAAUAUCAACACAGUUGAUAAUAAAAUAAGUACUACAGAUCAAAAUAAAAAGCAUGUAUCAUUAAAUAAUAGAAUUAAUAAUAAAAAAAAUAAUAAUAUAAAUGAUAAUAAUAUUGAUGUUAAUAAUGGUAACGACGAUGAUCUUAGUGAUAAAAGUAACAAUAGUAAUGAUAAUAGUAAUAAUAAUAAUAAUAAUAAUUGUAAUAAUGAUAAUUAUAAUAGUGACUAUAAUAGUAAUUUUAAUAGUUAUGAAAAUAAUGUAACUAUGAAUGAAAAAAAUAGUGUAAACAAAGAAACAAUAUAUAAUAGAAAUAAAAAUAUUUUAAAUAAUUGCAUUAUUGAAAAUGAGUUAAAAACUAACUUGAACGAAAAUAUUACAAAAAAUAAUAUAAAUAAAGACAUGAAUGAUGCUGAAGGAACAAACCAAUGUUUAAAUAACAAUCACGAAGUUAUAAAUAAUUCCAAUAAUAACAACAAAAAUAUAAAUAUACAUAUAGACACAAAUAUAAAUGGAUAUUUUGAUAUUAACAAAAAAAAUGAAAACAUUAAUUAUAUAAAUAAUAUAAAUAUAAAUGAAAAUAACAAGAAUAAUUAUAACCUGCAUGAAAAUAAUUUAUAUAAUUAUCCUAUUAAAAAUUUUGAUAACAGUUUGGGAAGCAAUAAAUUUUUAGAAGAUAAUAUAAUAAGAAAAGAACUUACAAAUGAAAAUAAAAUGAUAUGUGACAUGGACAAUUUUGAUAAUAAUAAAAAUUCACAAAAUGUAAAUAUCUCAAACAUAAAUGGUGUAUCAAGUAUGAAUUUAUUAAAUAAUGGUAAUAUAAAUGAACUUGAUAAAAAUACUGAUAAUAUAAAAACAAAUACUAAAAAUUCCUAUAAUAAUAUAGGUAUAAAUGUAAAUAAUAAUGAUACAUUAAAAAAUUUUAAUUGCACUAUUCCUUUUUUUUAUAUGAAUAACUUAAACAAUGUUAUGGAAUAUACAAAUAACAAUCACAUUAAUAAUAACAUCUCCGUAUUACCUCCAUAUGUAAAUAGAAAUCAAAUUAAUAAUAUGUUUUAUUUAAAUAAUAUGGACAAUUUCAACAAAUAUAAUAUAUAUACUAUGAAUAAUAUGAUGAAAUCUCCCAAUAUAUACCAUGAAAAUUUUAAAUUAAAUGAUAAAAAUUAUAAUGUGAUAAAUAAUUACAACUCUUUUAAUAUAAAUGGAUUAAUGCCAUAUAACAAUACUAAUAAUGAUUUAAGAAGAUAUAUAAAUUUAGGAAAAAAGAAUAACAUAAAUGUAUAUAAUUAUAAUAUAAAUGAAAAAGAUAAUACCGAACUAGCAAGCGAAUUAGUUAAUAUGCAUCCUAAUAACAUAAUAGAUCAAUUUAAUUAUUUAAAUAAUUGCACAAAUAAUAAUUAUAUAAAUGGAUGUAAUUUCAUAAAUUUUGAUCAAAUUAGAAAUGAUAUUAACAUGAAUGUCAAUAUGAAUAUAAAUGAUUAUAACAAAACUUUCAAUGAAAUAGAUCCUGAUUCCAAUAUGUCAUUAAAAAAUUAUAAAAAAAAAGAUAAGGUAAAAAAGGAAAAGAAAAAUAAUACAAAUAAAGUAUCAUGUUCUAUAAGUACAAAUAAGAAAAAAAGAUUCGGAAACACUGGUCCACCAAGUGCUGAAAAGUUAAAUGAGUUGCUUCAUGAACAAAAUUUAUCAGUACCACAAAUAGCUGCUAUAUAUGGAGUUCAUAGAACAACAGUAGCAAGAUGGUGUCAUAAUAGAAAAAUUAUUCAAAAAUCAACCAGUUACCAUGGGAGAAGAAGAACGGCCACCAAAAAUAAUAAUUAUAUUUAA